AUGUCGGAGACCAUCGUGAUCGUCGGCGGCUGGUCCACCGGCGUUGUGACGCCUGAGGCGUGCGCCGCCUUGGAGCGUGCGCUGGUCGGCUCUGACCUGACCGUGACCACCAUUUUGUCCGUGCGUUCGCAGGUCGUGGCGGGCACCAACUACGAGUUCGAGGUGGAGGGCUCGAGCGCCUCGCACAACCAAGUCAGCCGCUUCCUGGUGAAAGUUUUCGACCAGCCAUGGACCAACACCACCGAGCUCACGUCUGUCAUCGCGGCCCCAGCGCCAUAG